GUGUCAUGCACCUUGCCCCCAAGCCCCUUUGUGACUACCCUGCUGAUCUCCCUCCGGGCAGUGGAGUGUCCCGCUGUCCUUGCCCUCAGGCAGCGAAAUGUCUUGGGCCGACCUUUGCUCCCAGGCAUGUUCCCAUGCACUAGUCCCGUGUUAACGGUGCACCUUCCGGAUUCGAACGGGCAAGAGGCGAUCGUUACUCUGCACAUUCUCGGAAGCAGCAUUCUCUCCCCGCCUCCCCCCGUCCCUAUUCCACGGCGCGGUUUCUGCAAGAGCUCGCUUGCCACGAGGAAACACGUUCCUCCGGGGUGGCCUCUAGUAGAAGCUCCGGAUCAGAGGCUCCGAGUGCUCUCUCUUCCUCCUCGCCCCCGCCCCUAUUUCAAAACCCGAAUACUCGUCGCUUGCGGGGCUGGAGAAGGGAGGGAGGGAGGACUCCUGGGUCCACCCCCUGCUCGCGUCUGGCAGGAAAAGCGCCGCUGCUGCAGUUGCCACUCUCCCUGUCUUGCAGACCUCUCCACCAAUGAGCGAGAACGAGGCAAGGCAACGUUGGCGAAUCUGCGAGGCGCACCGCCCCUCCGCCACCCUCCUCUCGACGUCUAAAAUUCUCCCCGUCCCCCCCCCGCCCUCGGCGCUCCCCCUCCCCACUCAGCAGGGUCUCUUCUCGGGGAGGGAAGAGGCGCAAAAGCGCAGCCGGAGCCGAUUCCGCCGCCCAUCUCGAGGCGCUUGCCAAAGGGCGAGGAGCCUCCGGAUCCCGUUGAUCGGCUGUGCUAGCCACCUCUGCGCCCUCCUCCGCAUCAUCAUCAUCUUCAUCAUCACCCUCGGCAGCCCCACCAUUCCUCCCCUGCUCCAGAGAGGCCCGGGUGAGAGGGGAGGGGAGCCAGCCUGGGUCGCAGGAAGCAGUCACUCCUUGGCUCAACUUCCUUCCCGGACUUGGUACUGGCCCCGGGUGGGGAAUCCGUCUCCCCUUCCCUACCCAGCCCCUUAUCCUGCUGCCAGCUACCCUAACUCUCCAUAGGGACGUGGCGGAGAAAAAGGGUGUCUACCACGUGGGUUGCCAGAAGCAGCUGUUGCUUGUAAUAGAGAGAGGUGUGCAUCACAGCACAACCCCCCCCCCCCGCCUUGGAUUUCUAAGACGUAAUUAGGCUAAACUUACGGAGCUAGUGAUAUUAGCGAGCAGACACACGCCAAGACUGAGAGACAAAAGAGCCACUCACUUCCGCACUUAAAUUAAUGAUGGAUGAGGACAAGGAGGACAUGAAAGAAGAGAAGUCAGAGGGGAUCCCUAUAUCUGGCACACCAACCAAGGUCAAAGAUGGGGGUGUGAAAUUGGAUGCAGACAGGCCAUUGAUGAAGAAUGCGGGAACAUCUCGGGGAUCCUCAGAGAUACGGCGGAAAGGGCUGCUGACUAGAGUAAAGAAGGAAAGGGAAAGGGCACAGGAGAGCAAGCCUCUGCCACCUUCUCCAAGGAAAUGGACAUGGCUUGCCACUUCAUGCAAAACAGAAAAGGUGGCAACAGUGAAGGAGGAAGAGCCUCCACUUGUGGUGAAGAUGCUUGAGAUCCCAGUGGGUGACAACAUGCCAGAGUGUUCAUUCUCCCAGAAUAGGUUAAUAAUGGAGGAUGGCAGUGAGAAAGAACUGAUAAUUAGAAGAAGAGUGAAGAAGGAAAAAGAUGAGGAAGAGAAUCUGGAAUUUGAAGUGGAGGACUUGUUACCUGAGGAAGAGAUGAAGGCUGAGGUGGAGGAGCAGAAGGCUCAAGAAUUCGAGAUGCAAAAAGCCACCAUCCCGAUAGAUGGGAUUUUGGUGCCCUCCUCCUCCUCACACCCCAAUACCUGUAGUGUUUGUGGCAAGAGUUUUAGCCGUCGCUCAAACUUGGCCAAGCACCAGAUCAUCCACACGGGUGAGAAGCCUUACCACUGCAAUGACUGUGGCCGCAGCUUCAACCAGAGCUCAGCCCUCACCAAGCACCAGCGGACACACACUGGGGAGCGUCCCUACGUCUGCGGAGACUGUGGCAAGGCCUUCACGGCCAGCUCAAACCUCCUCCAGCACCGCCGUUUUCACACAGGAGAGCGGCCCUAUCGGUGUGAGCUGUGUGGCAAGGCCUUCUCCCAGAGCUCCAACUACAACCUGCACCGCCGCAGCCACACAGGAGUCACACCUUAUCAGUGCAAUGUGUGUGGCAAACGCUUUACCGGGAGUUCCUGCCUUACUCGCCACCAGAGGACCCACACAGGGGAGAAGCCAUACCAGUGCCAGGAAUGUGGCAAACGCUUUUCUGGCAGCUCCACUCUGGCCAACCACCGGCGCACCCACACAGGUGAGAAGCCUUACGGCUGUGCUGAGUGUGGCAAGAGGUUCACCCACCACUCCAACCUAGUGGACCACUGGCGGGUGCACACAGGAGAGAAACCAUAUGUUUGCACCGAGUGCGGGAAGAGCUUUCGGCUUAGCUCCCACAUCAUUCGCCACCGCCGCACUCAUGCCAACGCCCGCGGUGCUAGCCUGGCAUAUGACAUCCUUGGCAGCGUCAAUACAGCUGGCAGUGACGCCAGCAUUAGUGCCCAUCACAUCAGCCUCCUCUAUGAAAAUGCCAGCAGCACUGACGGUGGCAGCCCUCAUGGGUCCGGUCACAAUGCCCUGUGUGCCAAUAGCAGCAUCUCCAAUGGCAACAAUGAUACCGAUGGGGAAGAGGGCAGCCGGCUUCUCAUCUGCAGCCAGUGUGGUAAAGGUUUCCGCCUGGAGUCUGGCCUUCAAGAAGACUCCGUGCUGGGUGAGGGACCCUAUACUUGUACUGAGUGUGGCACCAGCUGUUGGACGUAGCCAGACUGUGGUGUAGCUGAACAGCAAAUCUUCCGUAACCCUCCAGGAUCUCUGGCUGGAUCAGAAAGCAAAGCCCAAGCACAGGAGAGAGAUUUAUCUGUGACUAAAUCAAUAAUGGACCAGAAUGGAGAAGUGUAUUCUGAUCUCCAUUUUUUUAAUGGGUUUGGGGAAAUGCUUGUAUUGAACUAAGAUUGGAUCUGCUUCCAUAGAAUACUAUGUUCACCUCCAAAGAUCUGUUCCUGCUUUUGCUGUGAAGGAAAGGAGUAAAUAAUAUUGCAGAGUA